AUGAUCGUCAGAGCGGCUCGACUAGCGACGACCGCGGGGGCGAUUUCCAGCGUCCUCCGCCUGGCGCCUUCCGCCGACGCAACCCGCGGAGGAAAAGGAGACGACAGCGGGAGGAGCGGAGACGCGCAGAGGCGCAAAAGCGGGCAGGCAGAGCAGCGACGGAGGGAUGGGUUAUCCCGGGCGGAAGAUGAGGGGAGUUUAACGGACGAGGAGGAGGAAGAGGGGCAUCGGCGGAGGGUGCGUCUGGGGAAGGAGCGGCGGCUGGGGCAGCCGUGGAACUCGGGGAUUUCCCCCGCCGGCCAGCGCGCGUUCCGCCGGCUGCUGCUCGGCGCGGACGGGGAGCGGGGGAAGGCGGAACGGGUGCUCAGCGCAUCUGCGGAAGCGGAGGCGGAGAGGCAGCAGGGGAGGGCGGGGAAUUUCGGGAGAGUGGACCGGUGGUCGCGACGAGCGCAAGGGGGGGCGGGCGAUGGGCGCGCGGAUGGUCCCGGAUGCGAUGAUGGCGGACGCGCGCUGGAGCUCCGCGGAAAGGGCGGGGACAUGGCGGAGAAGGGGGGAGGGGAAUCGUCGGGGGAGAUAUCCGCGAGUGAUAUAAUGACGAUUUUGAAGGGGUUGGGGAACAAGGGGCGGUGGCGGGAUGCGCUUGCGGUUUUUCACUGGGCGCGCGGGUGCGGAAAGAUUGGCGGAAGCUGCGCGGAGGGGGAAGAGGCGUGGCGGGAGCGCGGGAAUCCUAUGGUGUCGCUGGUGCUGCGCAUUCUGAGCCGAUGCGACCGCCCGAAUGAGGCGGACGAUUUGUUCCGCGCGCUCGUGGCGGACGGUUGCGCGCUCGACGUGUAUGCAUACACGGCCAUGAUGAGCGCGCUCUCGCGCGCGGGGCGCUUCAACGACGCGAUCGCGCUCUUCCACUCGAUGCGCGCCGACGCGGGCGUGGCGCCCUCUAUAGUCACAUUCAACGUCGUUCUCGCGGCGUACGCGCGCAAGCGCGGGUGUUUUCACCACAUGGCGUCCCUGCUGCAGGAGAUCCGGACCGUUGGAUUGACGCCCGAUGAGUAUACGUAUAACACGAUGAUCUCGGCGUGUGCUGAUGCGAUUUAUAUCCAAGAAGCAGAGCGAAUCUUCGCGGAGAUGCGGGCGGCAGGGCUGAAACCGACACGUGUCACGUACAACGCGCUGCUAGACGUGUACGGGAAGGCAGGCCACGUGGCACUCGCCCAUUCGGUGCUGGAGUCCAUGCUGGAGGCGGGCGUGCGGCCGAAUCUGGUGACUUAUAAUGAGAUGAUCAGCGCGUGCGCGCGCAAGGGGCUAUGGCGGGAGGCGCGUGGGAUUGUGGAUUCCAUGCUGCGCGGAGGCGAGGCGGAAGGGGGAGAGGCGGAGGGGGAGGCGGAGGGGGAAGGGGGGAGGGGAGCGGAGGCGAAGGGGAAAGGUAAAAGGGAGGGGAAAGUGAUGGUUGGGGCUGAUAAGAUAGAGGGAGGAUCGGUGGCGGAAGGGAGAGGGAACAAGGUGGGGGAGGACGGAGGGGGCGAUAGAGCAGGGGUAAGGGUUGGGGGAUCAGAGCAAGAAGCUUCGAGGAAGAAGGACAGCAAGGAAGACCUCAUUCUCCCUCCCAAACCGGAUGUUUUUUCCUACACUGCCCUGAUUGCAGCGUACGGGAAGGGCGGGCAGGUUGAAGAAGUGAGGGAAACUUAUCAGACCAUGCUGGAGCAGGGCUGUUUCCCGAACCUUUUCACCUUCAACAUCCUGCUGGAUAUUUACGGGAAGAACAAGCUGUUUGCUGACGUGGCAUGGGUCAUGGAUGAGCUGGCAACGAGCGGGAUCAAGCCCGACGUGGUGACGUGGAACACCCUGAUUCGUUGCUACGCCGGGGAUGCCAGCCGGCUGCUAGAUGCAGUCUCCCGGCUGGAAGCCACCGGGAAGAUUCCCAGGUCUACCUCCCCCAGGUGCCCCUGGGAGGUGCACAAGUCGCUGGUUUUGGCGUUUUGCAAGUGUGGGUGUGUGGGGGAGGCGGAGGGGGCAUUAGAGAGGAUGAGGGGGAUGGGGCAUGUGCCCGAUCUGGUGGUGUGGAAUGCGGUGCUGGGGAUGUACGGGCGGUUGGGGAGGGUGGAGAGGGCGGAGAGGGUGAGGGGGGAGAUGAGGCGAGAAGGAGUGGGAGGGGACGUGGUGACUCAUAAUGUGAUGAUGAGUGUGUAUGGGCGGGAGGGCAUGAGUGAGAGUGUGGAGCGGGAAUUUGAAGGCAUGAAGACAAGAGGUGUUUCUCCGGAUGCUGUGUCGUUCUCCUCGGUGGUUCUCACCCUCUGCAAGGUGGGAAGAGUGGAAGCAGCAUCUCGCUACGUGGCAGAGUGUGAAGCAGCUGCCCUCUCGCUCUCCCCUGCUGCGCUCAACGCCUUUGCCUCGGGCUGCAUUUCUGCUGGGCGGCCCACUGAUGCUGUCAGGGCGAUGGAGAGUGCUGAAAGAAGGGCCGGCAGGCUUGACCAGGAUACAGGGGACAAAGCAACGGCAGGGGAUAUGGCACGGGCAACAGCAGGAGGAGCGGCAGGGGGUGAGCAGGUGUCUGUGUCCCCUCAGGAUCACUACAGCUCGCAACUGGCUGUGCUGGCUGCACGGAUGGAAGCAAUGGAGAUGAGAGGAGGAGGAGCAGGGGGAGCUGGGAAGUAUGGUUUCAGCAGCGGGAAGAGCAGCAGGAGGGGUAGCAGGGGCGGUGGCAGAUAG